GCGAACUGGGUCAAUGCUAAAGGUACGUCGAGAUAUUAUACUGGGUAUAUUUCCUCGCUUUACGGAGCUGAGGUCGCGUCUCCCCUACAGAUGGGACGUAUAAGCUAAUAGGGGAAUGUUAAUAGGAGCGUGGACCAUCCACAUUGUUCUGAUCGCUGCGCUGAAGAUUCUGUGGGAUGUAAUACCUGGCGUCUCUCAGGAGACUUCUUGGACCUUGACAAACAUAUCCUACAUGUUCGGAUCCUACAUUAUGUUUCACUACGUUCGUGGCGUACCGUUCGACUUCAACAGUGGUGCAUACGAUAAUCUAAAUAUGUGGGAGCAAAUCGAUGACGGCGCACAAUACACACCGGCCAAGAAAUUCCUUCUCAGUGUUCCUAUUGUGCUGUUUCUCCUGAGUACGCACUAUACUCAUUAUGAUCUCACGUAUUUCACCAUCAACUUUCUAGCUGUGCUAGCGGUAGUAAUACCGAAACUACCCUUCAGUCACCGUAUGAGAGUAGGUAUAUUUUCCGGUGUGCCGGAAGAGUAAAAUACAACGACACUGGGUACGCUCGCACUGGCGUUCGAUAACGGUUCCAGGCUUCACACUGGGAGGCAGAAAAUUACGAGAGGGUCAUACACAAAACCAGAUGGCGGGAGGUGAUAGCUGGGCCGAAUAUUUGGCUGUAGGAAAUAAGUCAGUCAGGAGAAAAGUGCCGAGUUCGAAGACCGUUCAUGCCGCUCUGUUCCCAUAUGCCUCGCCUAGCCAAGAGUUGUGAAGACGAUCAGCUCCAAAGCAUCUUUCUGAGUGU